AUGUCUCAUACAACAAAAGUAACCUCGUAUAAAACUCCCAUUUCACGAGAUGCUCGUAUCGGUAUAAUCGGCGCCGGACCUGCUGGAAUUUCGAUGGCUCACUUUCUCCGCAAAGAAGGCUACUCAAAUAUCACCCUACUAGAAUCCUCCUCUCACAUAGCCGGAAAAAGUUCCACAUUUACACACGAAAAUCGAAAUUACGAUGUUGGAGCUCUAAUGAUAGGUCACAACUACACAAACAUAAGAUCCUUGGCCGAAGAAUUUAAUUGUCCAAUGGAGAAGUUUAACGGAAGUUCACUGGAUUUCGAUUCUAACAAAUUCAUAAUGGAAAAUGUUGAUCAAAUUGGAAUUCUCACCAAACCUUUCCUGGAAAACAUGACCCACUAUCUGGAGGAAAGAAAAGCUUUUGAAGACGUUUCGUUGCCGGGUCACGGUGACCUCUCGGAAAAUAUGCUGUACGCACCAAUCAAGCAAUACCUGAAAGACCGAAAGAUGGAAUAUUUACUGGAUGCAUGGAACCUAGCUUACACUUCAGCCGGUUAUGGUUAUGUCCAAGAUGAUAUACCUGCUGCCUAUUUCUUAAAAUUCAUACAAAAUUCAGAGAAUACCAUCUGGUAUUUCAAGGACGGCUUCCAAAACUUUUGGUCUAAAUUGUGCGAGGGUUUUAAUGUGAUGCUAAAUUCGAAGGUAAUCUCCAUCGAUCGCUCUCUAAAACGUCAAAACCUCGGUCCGAUACUGGUCACCAGCAAAAACUCUCAAACCAACUUCCAACAAACCUUGGCAUUCGACCAAAUCAUUGUCGCAACAAAUCCACGACAAUUCGAACAAUUCCUUAAUAAUCCCUCACCAUUGGAAACGUCACUCUUCUCACAAAUCAUCACACUCGAUUUCUACACCAUAAUAGCUACAGUUGAAGGUUUGCCCACAAAGGUUGGCAUGACUACCAUACCCAAGCAUUGUUUGGACAAAAAAUAUGAGGGCCACAUUACCGCUUACUAUUGCGCCUACGAAGGAGUGUCAACUUAUUUGUUUUAUGCCUAUGGAAGUAAGGAGAUUGGCCAGGAGAAAGUGACUGAAAUAUUCAAAGAGGACCUGAUACACAUGGGUGGUGACCUGAAGGAAAUUCAUUACAAUCAGCACUGGGAUUUCUUUCCUCAUGUAUCAUCGCUCAGUAUGGCCAGGGGUUUCUAUAGCAAAGUUGAAAACAUGCAAGGUCAAGACGGUACUUUCUACGCCGGAGGCUGGCUUGACUUUGAGCUUACCGAAAACUGCGUCUCUUAUAGUCGUGACCUCGUCCGCCGUUUCUUCAAUCUUUCCGGUGCAUCGCAAGCAGAAAUCCGUCACCUACCAAUUCGCCCGAAGUACGAUGUCAAACCCGCUUCGUCCACAAACUGGGGUACGGUGUUACGUGUGGCCGCCAAACGAUUCCCCGAUCGAACAGCAUUUUCUUGGGUUGACGUGAAUAUGAGAGAGGAAGCCAGUAUAAGUUUCUCCGACUUGUAUCGACAAGCCCGUGCCGUUGCUCAAUAUCUGCGAUUUACCGAAAAUCAUAAAGUUGGUGAUCCGGUGUUGCUCUGUUAUUCGCCGGGUCUCAAAUUCCUACCUGUCCUGUUUGGAUGCAUGAUGGCCGGUGUCAUUGCCGUGCCUAUCGCGCCACCAAAUCUCGCCACCGCCGAAAAAGAUAUUGCCAGAUUCAAGUAUCUGUCCGAAGUCACCGGUGCAAAGCUAGUUUUCAGCGAUAAGAAUUAUAUGCUCUACACACGACUCUACGCCGCAAAAAGUCUCUUGGGACUUGGCAAGAAGAUCGACUGGCCUGAUCAUUUGACCUGGGUCGAAUGCGAAAAGAUCACAAAGUCUCGUGAUCUAAUAGACGAGAAACUGAUAGAACAGGUGGAUUGCGACAAUGUUGCAGUGCUGCAGUUCUCCUCGGGCAGCACGGGAGAUCCCAAGGGCGUCAUGCUCACACAUAAGAACUUACUGCAUAAU